CUCAUCCAUUUGUAGCAAUCAUGUGACCGCAAAUGAUCACUUGUGCAAUUUCAAGUAGACAUGCAGUAGUGAAAGACAUAAAAGUUAUGUUCACUGAGUAGAGGAUCCGGAAGCAAAGUUGAAUUUUCAGAUACACUGUGGGCUUGACAGCCGGCUGUGGUAAGCGCCCUGCUUGUGACCACGCUGAGAACUUGUUCUCAUUCUGCUGCUUUCCAUAUGUAAGCUGUGAUGCUUGGGAUGAAUUCUCUCACCAAAAUGUUUACAGUAGCACUCCUGAUAACAGGCAUGUACACAAUAGUGGCAUUCAACAUAUAUAAAGCAAAUGUGACGAUCCAUCAUAGAAAUGAGGACCCGCUGUUUGGACAAAUUAUUGUUCAGUCCAAGAAUGGGGUGUUUGUCCCUUCUCCUACCUCUGGAGAAGUUUUUAACUGCAGCCUGGACAAUUGUUUCAAAGUAAAUGGCACAGUGGGAGGAAGGAAAGGCUUGAGACCCAUAACAUCAGCAUCGUCCCGCUUGAAUAAAGAGACGCUACUGGUUUGUAAUCAAGUUCAGACGAGGGUGGCAUCCAACGAAGAUUUCAAUGGCUAUUGUACCUUUUUGUCAGAACAGAUGAAAAGCGAGAAAUUUGCUCCUUCCAGUUUAGUGAAAGGAGAUGAAAUAAAUGGUGAGAACAGGAUGAAAAAUGAAGGGACAUACCAUGAGCCGCCAAAGCAAAAUCUCACGAAUAACAACAACAAUAACAACAACUACCAUGACAGCUCCACAGGUUAUCGAGUUCACCGGCGGAUGAGAAGAGAAGAUGAAAACAAUGCCAAAGAGACAGAUGAGGAUGAAGACGCUGGAACUGAGAUCGCCUUUGUGCUGGAUGGCUCUGGCAGCAUCGAAGCUGAGGAUUUUGAGAGGGCGAAGGAGUUUAUUUAUAAUGUGAUGAAGAACGUUUGGACAUCAUGCUUCAGUUGCAACUUUGCAAUAGUUCAGUACGGAAGCAAAAUAAGAACAGAACUCUCACUGCUAGAAAAUGAUAAUGGCACCAAAGCCUUAAAUAAGGUGAAGAGUAUAAAACAGGCAUACAACCUCACCAGGACUGCCUCCGCCCUCUACCACGUGCUCACUGAGGUUUUUGUUCCUGAAAAUGGAUCAAAAAAUAACUCCAAAAAAAUGAUAAUCCUGUUAUCUGAUGGAGAAAUGAUGGGAGAUAACAGAACCCUUGAAGGUGUUCUGAAUAUGGUCGAGAUGACAGGUGUUCUUCGCUUUGCUAUAGGGGUUGGACCUCUGGUUGUGAAUAAAACGCGCGCAAUAAAACAGAUGGUACAGAUAUCUGGUGAUGAAAAAAGAUAUUUCAAUGUUUCUAAUUAUGCUGCCUUGGAAAAUAUUCUUUCUUCUUUGGAACAAAGCAUAAUUGGGAUUGAAGGCAUUCAGAAAGGAGCUGGAUUUCACCUUCAGCUUGCAGAAGCUGGAUUCAGCUCUCAUUUAACCCAUGAAGGGUCUCUGCUUUUUGGAGCAGUGGGGGCUUAUGACUGGAGUGGUGGGAUCAUUAUGAAAAGAGAGAAAGAAAAAAUAGUGACAUUUCUUAAUGCAUCUACAGAAGAACCAAGAUUUUCCUACUUAGGGUACAGCGUGACCUCAGCACACAUAGCCACUAAAAUGCUCUACAUAUCUGGAGCUCCCAGAUACAACCUGACUGGUGCUGUCUUUGUUUUUGACGAGACCUUUGAGGAGGAGGUGCUUCCAGGAGAUCAGGUUGGCUCGUACUUUGGAGCCGUUCUUUUGGCCUUGGACGUUGACGGCGAUGAGGAGACAGACCACCUGCUGGUUGGAGCACCACAUUUUCACAUUAGAGGAGAAGAAGGCAAAGUGCUGGUGUUCAGACUGCAUCAGGGAAGGUUUGAAAGAGAUGGAGCGUUGCACGGCAUGGAGAAGUACGACUACGCAAGGUUUGGCUCUGCCAUAGCCAGUAUCGGAGAUGUGGAUGGAAACAAACACAUGGAUGUGGCAGUAGGAGCGCCUCUUGAAACAGACGACCCGACUGGUCCCUCCGGAAGCAUCUACAUUUUUAAUGGAUUCAAAGAGGGUCUAAAGCAACGACAUUCUCAGAGAAUCUCACCUUCAGAUUUUGGGAUGAAACUUGUGCAUUUUGGCCAGGCAGUGAGUGCAUUUGGUUCCACUGAGAACUUCAUCAGUGUUGGAAGUGAAGGAGGUGCAACUGUCUUAAAGACACUUCGAGUUAUCAUUAUCAAGCCAAAAUUAAAUGUUAAGACUGACAUCAUCCCCCUAGUUCAGCAGACCAAUGACCAAUCAAAACAAUAUGAUGAACUUAUUUCUCUCCAAGUCUGCUUUGAUGCAAGAAAGAAUAAAAUAAUCAACAAUGAAGAACUACUCAUUGAGUACCAAUUUGAUCUGGACUUUGAUAAAGAGGAAAAACGACUAUCCUGUGAUAACUGUCAAAAAACAGUCAACUUUACCAUGACAUCUAAUCGAAGUUGCCCCGAUCCUAUUAAAUUUAAUUUUGUGGGCUGCAAUGACUGUUUCUCACCCAUCAAAAUCAAGCUGAAUUUCACCUUGAGAGCACCCUCUAAUGGAACCCCUGUGCGGGUUCUUGAUGUGUUCAGCUCGAAUGAGGUCAUACAAGAGAUUCAGUUUGAAAAGGAAUGCAAAGAAAAAGGUCGCUGUCAGUCAGAUAUUUCAUUAACUGAUUCAAAACUCAGCACUAACACUGUUAUUAUUGGAUUCACUGAAACCUUGAACAUAACGUUUACUCUUACAAAUAUGGGAGAUAAUUCCUAUAUGACCACUCUGACUUUGACUUAUCCUAAAAUUCUGCACACAAAGAAAAUUGAGCCUGUACAGUAUGAGGUGACAAAUGACAAUCAAAUACUGUGUAAACUUUUACAUCCUAAUUUCAGAAGAGAUGCGCAGGUAACAGUCAACGUUAUUUGGCAGCCUGUAAAGGAAAAAUCAGACCUGACGAAUGCAACUAUUAGUGCUGUUUUAACAGGUGGAAAUAACGGCACUCAGAAACUCGACUCUAAGAUCUAUUCUUGAGUGAAGAAUGCUCUUGCAGUCCAGUUAAAGGGGAAAGCCAUACCACAAAGAUUCAGUGUUACAGAGGAGGAAAUGAGUAAAGAAAAUCGAGAGUUACAGUUCAUCUUUGAGCUGUUGGGAAAAAAUGAAUACAGAGCCAAAAUAAAUGCAACCAUAACAAUAAAAAAAGAGGUGCAAAACACUGAUCUGAAGAUCUUGAGUGUCAAACCAACGAACUGCACAUUGUCCUUUUUGGAGAGCACCUACACCAUUGCCUGUAUUCUGACAGACCCACAAGUGAUUACCAUUAACACAGAGACCUAUAUCCGCGAUAUUCAGGGCAACAAUGAAAAGAUCAUUGCCACAGCACAACUCACCUUCGAUGAGAAUGUCUACGAAGGAAUAGACAUCUUGAAGAAGGAGGUAGUGGUGAUACUUUCUAAGAUGACAGUGGUGAAAUCAAUCGCUCCUAUUAUAUGUGGUUCCAUUGGAGGCCUUGUCUUUCUAAUCAUUCUGAUCAUUAUUCUUAUAAAGUGUGGGUUCUUCCGUCGGCGUCAUAAACUUGAGCGUGUCGGGAGUUCACACCAAUGACUUACACGGGAUCACAGCAACUAGACGUCCUUCAUCUGUAAACCGAUGUAUUGUAUUAUUAUAAACACUGGUGGUUAAAUUAGGUAUGUUUUUAUAUUUAAGAUUUCAUUUCUUUUUUAAUACCAUAUUUCAUAUUUAUGGAGUAAAAUGUGAAAUUGCAAUUUCGAGGUUUAUUAAAAUAUCCUGGGAUAUUUUUCAGUA